CGGAGGCUCAAACAGAAUUCGAAGACAUCUUCGCCGAGAUCAGUGUGAGAGCCGUGAACGUGACGGGUGAGGUUCAAAAUGAGAUAGACAAAGGCACUGCAACGCCGAGCGCAUUGACUCGCAUCAUCUGUAAAGCCCUCAGCGACUAUGCAGAGCUGCACAACGGCAAAUCACAUACAUCAUGGCGUCUGGAACCAGUCAGCGAUUUCGAACACGUCAUGACGGGCAAGGAAUUUGAUGAGUUGCUCCUGGAAGGGGGAGCUGAAGCUGCGUCGUCAUAGCUCGAUAUCUAUCCAUUGUAUACCCCUUUGCCUUGGCGUCUCUGAUACCAACAGACACCAGAUCGAAUCUUUAGGUCAUACUCGUCGAUUACUUGUCACAUUCACCUUCUCUCUUUUUGGGAUCAGCAAGACGCGAUGGUUCCCUUCAAAAUCUGCUUCACUCCCAGAGAUUCUGAACGAGUCGAUCCGGGCUCCCGCUUCAUUUACCAUCGAUGAUGUGGUCACUGAAUUCGCGGAGCUUCAACAUCUUGUGCUCCCUUCACUCACGACCGUGGGAAGAAAUUUCGCCCUCUCGCCAAAGGAAGGAUCUUCCUUUGAAUCUGUGGUUGAAAUUGUUGGUACACUCCGCAAGAGCUCUGCGUCAUAUUGUCAUUCUCUGAGUAUAUAUGUAAAUACUGUUCAAGUUUCCACUGACACUUUACAAUCGUCAACCUCAACGCAGAAGUCAACUCAAACCACAUUCAAAGACCCAGUGCUGCAAAAACACAAUGACCAGUCAGCAUUCUACUAAGCAGACAGCUACAUAUUCAUACUCUAUCGGCAC